AUGCGCCGCGCCGCCGCCGCGGCGCUCCUCUGGCUGCCCUACGCCGCGGCGUUCGCGUCGGCGCGGUUCACACUCCCACCAACACCGCGCGCGCAGCCCGUCGUCAAGCGCUACGCCGAGCCCGCGCCCAGCGACGCAACACCACCCGCGGAUGCGUUCGUGCCGCUCGAGGACGGCGCGGCGGCGCCGCCGCCGCCGGCGCUGCCCGCGGCGCCGUCGGCGAAGCUCGUCGCCUUCCUCUGGGCGAACACGCUGCUCCUCGUGCCCGUCGCCGCCGCGGGCGCGCUCGCGGGCGCGAACGUCCUCGGCGAGCGCUGGGCGUGGUCGUGGGCCGCGGCGAGGGCCGGCGUGCUGCUGGCCCUGCCCUGGAUCGUCCUGAGCUUCAUCCCCGUGGACAAGUACUUCCCGUCCAUGGCCGACGUGACGGCGCACACGGAGCUCAUCACCGCGUCCGCGCUUGGCGUCGAAUUCGGCGGCUGGAAACGCGGCGUCGGCGUCGUCCUCGCGACGACGCUCAUCUCCGCGUCGGCGGGCAUCUUCGAGGAGGCGGCCUUCCGCGGCGUCUUCCAGCGCGCCGCCAAGUGGCUCUUCCUCGCCGCGGGCGGGCCCGCCGCGGGGUUCGUGGGAGCCGUCGGUUUGGAACGUCUCGCGACGGUCGCGGCCGUCGCGGCGGUGUCGGGCUGCUUCGGCGCCCUCCACAACUACUGCCGGGGCUACGCGCUCCUCGCGGCCCUCGCCGGCGCCUACUUCGGCCUCGUCUACGCCCUCACGGGCAACCUCCUCGUCGCCGCCGUCACGCACGCGACCGUGGACCUCGUCGCCUUCCUCACCUGCUACGUGUCCCUCUGCACGCGGAGCCAGGCCGACAAGGACACCCUCGCCGCCAAGUCCUUCAAGGUCACGGACGCGCUCCGCGCGACGCGCGCGAACUUCGACGCCGCGCCCGCGGCGAACGGCGCGGCCUAG